CCCAGCCCCCUCUGUGUCUCUGUCCCACUGUUGCCAUUCCGACGCACAUCUCUCGCAGAGGAGCAACAGCUAAGCGGAGUUGGCCAAAGUGGACUACCGGAGAUCCCCCCGCGGACAGAGACCACCUCACAGCCGGGUUUGCAUCCUCUGCUCGGGUAGGGCAGCAGCCCAGAGAUGCGCCCCUGGACAGAGGUUCGGUGUGGGUAAAGUCACAUAAAGAGACUGAGAGAAAGGCGCAGUGUAGCGUCCACAACUCCGGAGGAAUAACAGGACCUGCUUGAUGCAAAAUAAAGAAGCGCUCGGUUAUCCUUAUUUUAUUUAUUUAAUUUUUAUUGGUAGCCCAGAAUGGGUCGGAGGGAGCCCUCCUCACAACUGAAGACAUGAAAUCUGGGAGAGGAACAAAAAGCUCGGCUGCGGUGCUGUGUGUUUGAGUCUCCAUCCAUCCACAAGGGUCCAGUCUACACACCUUUAUUCAUGUUGCAAAAGCCUGUUUUAUGACAAUGGAUUACUUGCUGUGGGUGUGCAGCCUCAUUGUCCCCGUGGUGCUGGCUGUGGAAGAAACCCUUAUGGACAGUCGGUGGGCAACCACAGAGUUGGCAUGGACCACGUUCCCAGAGAGUGGGUGGGAGGAGGUUAGCGGCUACGACGACUCCAUGAGCCCAAUCAGAACCUACCAGGUGUGUAAUGUCCAAAAGCCCAACCAGAACAACUGGCUCAGGACAGACUUUAUCCCCCGCAAGGGCGUGCUGCGUGUCUACGUGGAGCUCAAGUUCUCCGUCCGUGACUGUGCCAGCAUCCCCAACAUCCCCGGCUCCUGCAAAGAGACUUUUAAUCUGUUUUACUAUGAGUCCGAGGGGGACACAGCUACAGACACCAGCCCUCUGUGGAGGGAGAACCCUUAUGUGAAGGUGGAUACUAUUGCCCCAGAUGAGAGUUUCUCUCUGCUGGAGGCGGGUAGGAUCAACACCAAAGUGCGCAGCUUUGGCCCCCUCUCCAAGGCCGGUUUCUACCUGGCAUUCCAGGACCUGGGCGCCUGCAUGUCUCUCAUCUCAGUCAGGGUUUUCUUCAAGAAGUGCUCCACUACUAUUGCCAAUUUCGCAGUCUUCCCUGAGACCGCCACGGGGGCAGAAGCCACCUCCUUAGUGAUCGCUCCUGGGGCCUGUGUGACCAACGCUAUGGAGGUGUCCGUCCCUCUGAAGCUGUACUGCAACGGGGACGGGGAGUGGAUGGUCCCUGUGGGCUCGUGCACCUGCGUUGCUGGCUUUGAACCCUCUGCGGACGGCACUCAGUGCCAGGCUUGCAUCCCAGGGACCUUCAAAUCCAAAUUCGGGGAGGGAUCCUGUGCUCCCUGCCCGUCCAACAGUCGCACCAGUGCACGAGGCGCCAGCAUUUGUCCCUGCCAGAGUGGUUUCUACCGCUCUGACAGCGACCCCCCUGACUCUGCCUGCACCACGAUCCCUUCUGCACCUCGCAAUGUUAUCUCCAGCGUGAACGAGACCUCGCUGUCCUUGGAGUGGGAGGAACCCGAGGACACAGGCGGGAGGAGUGACCUCGUCUAUAACGUGGUGUGCAAGAAAUGCCUGCGGGACCGGAGCCCCUGCACACGCUGCGACGACAACGUGGACAUCGCCCCUCGCAGGCUGGGGCUGAGGCAGAGGAAGGUGGUGGUGAGGAAUCUGCAGGCUCACACCCGCUACAGCUUCGAGGUGCAGGCUGUCAACGGCGUUUCUGGGAAAAACCCCACCUCGCCCAGCUACUCCACGGUCAACAUCACCACCAACCAAGCCGCACCGUCAGCAGUGCCCACCGUUCAUCUGAUGCGCUCCACCUCAGACACUCUCAGCCUGUCUUGGCUGCCCCCCGAGAAACCCAACGGGGUCAUCCUCGACUACGAGAUUAAAUACCAUGAGAGGGGCCAGGCCAUGUCCCACACUGUAACAUCCCAGCACAGCUCAGCCAAGGUGGAGGGGCUGAGGGCCGCCACGCCCUACGUGGUGCAGGUCAGAGCUCGCACUGUUGCUGGAUACGGACGCUACAGCAACCCCAUGGACUUCAGCACCAGCCUCCACAGUGACCCUCAGAAGUCGGUGCAGGACCAGCUGCCUCUCAUCAUCGGCUCGGCCUCCGCGGGUCUGGUGGUCAUUGUAGCCUUGGUGGUUAUCGCUGUAGUCUGUCUUAAGAAGCAGCGCAGCGGCUCGGAGCUGGAGUACACUGAGAAACUGCAGCAAUACAUUUCUCCAGGAGUCAAAGUAUACAUCGACCCUUUCACCUACGAGGACCCCAACGAUGCCAUCCACGAGUUUGCUAAAGAGAUAGACAUUUCCUGCGUGAAAAUAGAAGAAGUCAUCGGUGCAGGUGAAUUCGGAGAGGUGUGCCGUGGUCGUCUCAAGCAGCCCGGCCGCAGGGAGAUGGUGGUGGCGAUUAAAACGCUGAAAGCCGGCUACACCGAGCGCCAGAGGCGAGACUUCCUCGCCGAGGCCUCCAUCAUGGGCCAGUUCGACCACCCCAACGUGAUCCGGCUGGAGGGCGUCCUGACGCGGAGCUGCCCCGUCCUCAUCAUCACAGAAUUCAUGGAGAACGGAGCGCUCGAUUCCUUCCUCAGGCUGAAUGACGGGCGCUUCACGAUGACACAGCUGGUCGGGAUGCUGCGCGGCAUCGCUGCAGGGAUGAAGUACCUGUCAGACAUGAACUAUGUUCACCGAGACCUCGCCGCCCGGAAUAUCCUGGUCAACAGCAACUUGGUCUGCAAGGUCUCCGACUUUGGCUUGUCGCGCUUCCUGGACGACACCUCAGCUGACCCCACUUACACAAGCUCCCUGGGAGGGAAGAUUCCCAUCCGGUGGACGGCGCCAGAGGCCAUCGCCUUCAGGAAGUUCACCUCUGCCAGCGACGUGUGGAGUUACGGCAUCGUCAUGUGGGAGGUGGUGUCCUAUGGAGAGAGGCCAUACUGGGACAUGAGCAACCAGGAUGUGAUGACAGCAGUAGAGCAGGACUACCGGCUGCCCCCGCCCAUGGACUGCCCCAUGGUGCUGCACCAGCUGAUGCUGGAGUGCUGGAUGAAGGAGAGAAACCUGCGGCCCAAGUUCUCCCGUAUCGUCAGCACCCUGGACAAGCUGCUCCGCAAUGCCGCCAGCCUCAAGGUGGUGACCAGCACCUACUCAGGGGACUUGCUGCGGCUCGGAGGGACGCUGCCGGGACACAACAGGAAGAGUCCAGACAGCAGUCAGGAAAUCGUUCGGCAACAGAUGAGCCAAACUCUCCCCAUCAGAGUGUGAGGAGCGGAGGAUACAGAGCGAAUAGAAACUACCUAGAAACUCUAACGUGAAGAGCCUGAUGUAAAAUAAAAAGAAGACAAAGACAGAAGCCACAGAGAGAUGGAAAGAGGACCGAUUUGGAGAUUUCUUUCCGACGGGACUGGAGACAUUUAAAGAGAACUGUCCAUUGCAGUGUGUGUGUUCAUUACUUGACACUUGUGGAUUUGUGACUAUUGACAUAAAGCCAAACUUCCUAUUGCCCCCUCUCAGGUUGUGUUUGCAUGUCUGCAUGUGUUUUCUGCUGGUUGGGAAUCAGUCUUUUCUUCUCUUCCCCCUCAGACUGAGGACCGGAGAGCUCACACAUGAUAGGAUUCAGUGUCUAUAACGAUACAACAGUGCCAAGAUAAAGCAAACAUUUGCUUGAAACUAACUCUUAAGACAGCUCUGUAGACCUUCAAUCCAAUCAACGUUUUUUUUUUCCUUUUAAACCCCAACCUCUUUUAUUUUGCUUUUCUUUUUUUUUUUUUUUUCAGGAAUCAAGAACAAAAAACGUUUCAUCUGCUUCCUCUUAAAUACCGUCUUCCACAUGUACUGGGAGAUAUACGUGUUACAAAUCUGUACAAAGCAUCCGAGUCUUCACACCGUCUCUCCCUCCAAGGAGAGGCGUAUAACUGACACUGUGCGGGACACGUCAUGUGCAUGCCAAAGUGGAAACUUCUUCAUGAGAAAAGUACAAAUAAGUUCCACAUUAACUGUUGCUUUGGUGGCAUUUUUGCUGUAUGGGCUUUAACGUCCAUGUUUUCUUAAUCUUAUUUGAUUCAUAUACGCAUUGUUUUGAAUGCUAAGUUAUUAUCUAUUAUUGCAAAGAGGUGGUUUUUGUGUGUUUUUUUAAAAACUUUUUUAUUACAAUGCUUGUUUUUUUUCCACGCAUUAACAGAACCGGACAGACAUGAAUGAGUGAAUCAAAGAAGUGAAACGUUCUGCUCACACAGAAUAACUGUAACUGACAUGUGGUAGUGCCGUGUUGUAUAUUUUAUUUUUGGCGAAUGUGUUGCAGAUCAGUGGGAAUUAAAAAAGGUCAGUAUCCAGAUGAUAGCUUCGUGACCUUAAUAUUGACCUGACCUUAAUGCAGAACAAAUCACUCAUUGGUUUAUUUCUCCUGACAUGUGUUUUCUUUAGCACGCCAGCUGUCAGCGCAGUUCCUAUCUAAAACAACUGCCUGUAUAUAAUACUAUAUUUCUAUUAGAGCAGUCGGCUCAGCAUUUACAACCAUCUGACCUGAUUCUGGCCUCUCUAUGACCCUCGUUUAUAUGCUUGUUUGUUUAUUGUUGAGGAGCAAGCAAAUGGAGAAAUUGCAGUUUAAAUGGUCAUUACAUAUCUGAAACUAUAUGUCACAAUGAAAGAAAAUGUGUGUCUGUUAGGGCAGACUUUCUCCUGUGCAAUUAAAGGUGUAUUAGAUUGUAAAAAGAAAAAAAAUGCCAGAAAACUAGAACAAAAAUAAGCAUUUCUCUUUCAGUAUUUUUACGAUAAUCAUAUGCAAAUAAAUUAUUAAACGGAUCUCUGGUAUUCUCUUUGAUUUCGUGGUGGGUUCACCAGGAUGAGGUUCCGGGUCUCCUCUUAUCCGGACGAAGGAUGAAAAGAGGGAGUAGCGAGUGUGUUUUACCUCCUCAGUCGGAAUAUCACAGCAGCUUUGGACGGACUCAUUAAGAUUUAAGAUUAAUCAAAGGCCGGUCCACGCAGCUCGCCAAUUAGCGAGACCACAGGACUAUUCUGGGGAUUUCAGCCUCCGUUGCUGCUGGAGAGGCUUCAAGGAGGCAAAGUUAAUCUGGCUUCACACCAAAUGUCAGUGUUGUUUGGCUUUAAUCUGUCAGCCAGGACACAAACCGGCUCUCUUUCCAUACCAGUGCAGAUGAGUGAAGCUGUCACCUUCUGUUUUUACUGACUGAAAGGGAGCUCUUCCGUCGGGGGAUGGAGGGGGGGCUCGUACUUACCCAUUUGUGAGUCGCUGCUCAGACAGCAGCAGCAGCAUGAUCAGCCACCGAAGGGAGGACUGGUGAUGUUCUCUGCAUGUUCUCUAGUCAUCUCUGCCGCUCGCACAGGAUGUACACACAGCGGGUCAACACAAAGGUCUCUUCAAGCACACAGAUCGAAACGUGCUGUAUAUGCAGACACCGAGUCACUGAGUGUAAUUCCACUGGGUAACCCACCAAGCGUGGCAUUUAUCAUGUGCGUCAUGCUUUGCAGCUAGAUUGCAGAUAAAUGCUUUGCAGUGGUUCGGCUGCUCUUUUUGUGGAUGCAAGACGAUGAUGUGUAGAGAGGCUCGACCUUGGAGGAGAAUAUUAUGCAUA